AUUCUGAGCGGAGUUAGUCAUCUUCCUAUUUGUCUGCGAUUGGGAGCUAUUGUUUUCCUUAUCGCGAGAUUCUCCUAUUUCUGACACCAUAAACCCUAACAGAGACGAGAUGAAGGCGUUCUUCUUCAUCUUCUUAUCUUUCACCGUUUUUAGUUCCGUGUUCGGUGACCAGAUCUUCCCAGCUCAUCUCGGUGGUGGCACAUAUGGUCGUAGCUCUCGUGAACCAAAGUACAAGAUUGAAUUCCAUCCAGAAGAUUCUCCUUUUCAUCCAGAUGAUGACCAGGAGUCUAUAAUCAUGCCAGAUAAAAGUGGACAGAAAUUUAUAUGCUUCUUGCCUAAGGUGGAAAAGGAAAAAAGCGGAAGGCCGGUUAUCCAGCACAAUAUUAGCAGCAUGAUUGUUGAAUCUGAGAAAAGGCUUAAACUAAAGACACCAGAUGAAUUGUUAGAAGUGUUAAAGGAUCGAUGCUUUAUCAGACAAGAGGGUUGGUGGUCAUAUGAAUUUUGCUAUCAAAAGAAGUUGCGGCAACUACAUGUGGAGGAUGAUAAGAUGGUCCAGGAAUUUGUAUUGGGAGAGUAUGACGAAGAAGCCACUGCUGCCUUCAACCAAAAUCUUUCUGACAUUUCUACAUUGAAGGAUCCUCGUUCCCAAGAUGCAUCUCAAAGGUACCAUGCUCACCAAUACACAAAUGGUACCACAUGUGACCUUACAAAUAAGCCACGAGAGACAGAGGUCAGGUUCGUAUGCUCAGAGCCGAGAGCUAUGAUUAGUUCUAUCACAGAGCUUUCCACUUGCAAGUAUGCACUCACUAUUCAGUGCCCUACUUUAUGCAAGCACCCAUUGUUUCAAGAGGAGAGACCGGUGUCGCACACCAUCAACUGUAAUGUGCUUCCAAAGGAUUACAAGGAAACUAAAGUGGGACAAGAAGACAAAAUUACCGAGAUUGUUAUGGUCACAGAUACAGAAAUUAAUGAUUCAGAAUAAUGAUGUAAAUAGACACAAUUAGUAUGGUAGACAUGUAAUUUGCAAAUAGUCGUCUUUCCAAUGGAUAGACAGCUCCAAUGCUUUUUUAAUCUUUGCUAUAAUAUCAAGUUUUCAUAGAGGUAUUUUUA